AGGAAGGAAGGGGGGUGAGUGGUUUCAUUGGCCACUCGAGUGUGUGAGUAACAUCUUCCGAGUCUGCAGUGGAGAGAGCUUCUCCUUGUGCUCCUUGUGUGCAUCUGUCCCGAGUUUUAGUGUGCGGGUAUAGCUGCUGGCAGUCAGCAUCCAGCCGCACUGCUCCUGAGGAGGAGAACUGGGCUCCAGUUACUUUACCCAGACCAGAGCUAUAUUUUGCAGACGACCGCGUUCCAGUGCUGCAUCCGAAGCGGGCCAAAAAAAAAAAAAAAGGACAAUGCAGGGAUCAAGUCAUUAAACUUCAGGGGCCUGGAAGGGCCCCAAAACGAAGCAGCUGGGCUUCAGCACCACGGAUAGCGCCACAGCAGAAGUGCUCCAGGGCAGAGGCUCCCAAACUUUUUGCGUUUAGCCAGAUUCAUAUCAAAGCAGGAACCCAGAUUGAUUCUAUUUUGUCUUGAUUCUGUUUGACAAAGAGUUAAAUGUCAAUUUGAAACUACCUCUUCUCUUGUGAAUAAUUGUAAUUGGAUAUCAGUUGAAAGUAUACCUUUUCUUCCUGAAAUGAAACUAACUCCUUAUGUUGGGGCCUGUCAAGGACCUCGUGGAAGUCCCAAAACUCCACUUUGGCUUUAGCUACUUUAAUGGACGUUGAAAACCAGACACUGAUAGUUUACCCUCACCUGGAGAACAAACGUUACUUUUGAAAGUGACUUACUUUGCCAUAUGUCCACUAUAAAACAUGCCCCAGUAAUGUGUAGUCUCAAUGACACACACACACACACACACACACACACAUGCUCAUACACAACCAGCACUCAACAGUGUUUUGGCAAUAAGCCUAAGAUUCCUGCCAUGUCCUCUAUAGUCAUGUCUCAGCAGUUCACUGCAUUGCUGCUGUUGUUCACUCAUAACAUAACAAGAUCUCCAAAGUCAUUAAAAAAACAUCCUUCCAGAGCCAGACAAAAUGUCGUUUUACUGAGAGACAAAUGCAACACCUUCUCCUGUGUCCUCCCAUCAUUUGCAAUGCUGUAGGAUCUCCAGUAGUUUCAGCUGGAGCAGGCUCUCAAAUUCAGGGCAGACAAUUAGAAACUCCAUUAAGCACAGUUGAUUCCUCUGAGGUAGUUGGACCAAAAGCAGCACGCACACUGGGAUCUGUAGGACUCGGAUAUAAAGCGCCACCGGUCCUUAUCCUGCAUCUCUGUUCACUGUUAGAUGAACCUUAUGACCUCAAUCAAAACCUUAUGAGUCAUCUCACAGGUGUUGACACAAAAGGAUGCUAUGCAUGAAUGCAGAAAUCUAGUUCACCCUAUUUGCGAUGAAGCAGCGUCGGGUGAAGGCUUUGUUUGAAGUUUGCUCCAUGUUUAUUUCAACUUGUGUGAGCCAGUUUACAAGUCUUUUUCUGUUUGAUUCUGUUUUUGAAUUGUUGUGGUUCUUUUGCAAGAACUCCUAAAGCAGAGUUCCACUGUGUCUUUGCUGCUCAUCCAAGACUAUAAACAUCAUCAUAAAAAUAUUCUAAUACUCUUUUUGCAAAUCUGAACUUGUCUGUCUAUUGUUCGUCAGCAGUUAUACAUUAUUCACUCAGUAUAAGUAAAGCACCUAUCAGAAAAAGAGGGAUCAUACACGUAACUUUUCAGAGGCAGGGGCCACAACCGCGGCUGGUAAUCUGUCUGCACCAUUCAUUGCUCUUGGUGACGUUAGCUCGUAUAAGAUAAUGUUAAGCAGGAAGAGCAGAGGGUGUUUUGCGCUCCAGAUUCAGGAACUAUGCCAAAUUUUACCCCCUGGGGAUUUCUGUUGAAAGAUGUUUCUGAGUAGGCUUAAAUCUUUGCACCUGCUUUCCUUUGUAGUGUCAAGUUUGCACCUGGCUAUAAGUUAAAUACAGUAGUUGGGGUGUCCUGUAUUGCAGCAGCAUGCUGGUAUUGUGGGUGGCAUCGUGGAGAAGCAACCAUUAACAAAAGCUAAUAAGAUAAUGUUUAUUUCUUAUGAUGCCACUCUGAUAGUUGUCAUUCUGUCAGUUUCCUUGUGGCUGUUGGAUCAUUGUAACAUCAGGUUUCAUUGAAGUAACUUUUAGUUUUAUUCUUUCGAGUCAAUCCUGAUGUCUCUGUGUGGCAUUUUUAGCAGAAUCAAACACCCAAAGCCAAACUAUUUAGCUUUCUUGUCGAGCACCAUUUAUUUCAAUUACUAACCUAAUAGUCUUAACUAACAGUUGGUUGUCAUCUCUCUGCUCAUGUUUGUCUGGUUUUAUGGCUUUUGUUAGAACAACACUAAGAUUCGUUGUUGAAAUUGUUUAUUGAGUGAUAAAUGUUGGAAAAUGAUCUGUAUGGAUCUUGCCUGUUCUCAUUUUGCUGCACUAAAUCCAAUUCAGAUUUAUUUUUGUUUUAUCCCUACAACUUGGGCUUUGUGCAGUUAAAGUAUAUACCCAUCACACUAGCUCUAAUCACACAGUAAGCUGUGUAAUUUGUGUUGGUGUAGUGUAAAUGUGGUAAUGAGCACUCUGUGUGAGCCACAGCAUUGCACUUACUCUCACACAUCUCUCGCCUUUGCCUCCUGGAGACUUGGCAAGAUAGUUUAGCAUACAUUACACAAUGAAAACUAGUUUCAGCUAUUGUGAGUCAACACAUCUGUGAGGUAUCUCAAGGACACAUUAGAGUGACAACCUUGUCUACUAGUGUCUCUCUGAACACCCGUGGUUCAUUCUUAUUCCACAAGGUGGCAGCAGGCAUAAAGAAAUGACUGGAAGUUACUCCUGCAGUGGUGGCAUCUGAAAGAGGGGCCACAGAGAUGCUGGGCUUUUGGUUUGUUUCUUUUAGUUUUCAGAGGUAUUAAGUUCCGUGUACAGUGUGUGCAUCAUGGUACAUACUUUGAUCUAGCACAGUUAGACGAACUGAAAACACACUCAACACAUUUAAUGCAACAUGUUUGCUUGAUUUUUUACACAUAAUUCAGAAUCUUUCUUCCAUGAAGACAAGUGACACGCUGGGGAUCAAAAAACAUUUAAAAAUGUCAACAUCAUCCUGUUUGUGUAAAUGAGCGAGCCAUUUUAAUUGACAAUUCGAAUGAUUGCUAUAUAUUGCCUGCAGUGCAUUUCAUAGCAGCAGUGUUUUAUCGCUCGUGGACGUAUCUCAGCUGGGAUGAAGUGAACAUCAAUUGUCUCUGGUAAAGGGAGGGUGCCUAGCAGAUCCUCAUUAGGGAAUACUUUAUCUUUCCCUGACAAAGAUGUAUGUGCUAUGUCUUCACAGCACUGUACCGCAAAAUCCCUCCCAUUUCUGAGAAAGCUCACAAACCACCAGAUUUUCUAAGAAAUGUAUAUCACACUCCUGCAUAUCCGUUAGAAUGAUUGAUGUUAUAUUGAAAUUGCUAUUGAUAUUUUUUAUGCUGCAGUGACAUAUUCAUUUCUACCACUCACUGGCAACUCAAUAAGAAUACAAAGCUAGAUUAAGGGUUUUGAUUUAGACUCCAACCUUCAGUUUCUAACUUUUCUUUUGCUAUCUGUAUUCUAUCUAUCUAUGUAUCUGUCUGUCUGUGGGAGAAGAAGUCUCUCUCUCUCUCUCUCUCUCUCUCUCUCUCUCUCUUUCUCUCUCUCUCUCUCAUGCACACCCAGGGACAGACAUGCAGAAACACACAAAGGGCUAACCAGGAUACCAGUUUCACACUCAACACUUUCAUCCAUUACAUCCAAAUCUUAUGUAAGGGGGGGGCUGCAGACAGUGGUAGUCAAAAGAAAAUCGUCUCCCUCUCCCUGUCUCUCUCUCCCUCCCCGAGUUCGGUUGGAGAGAGAAUGUCAAACCGAGUCCUAGAAAAAGCCUCUAAAUGUUUCAUGCUGUUUCAUCACAGGGAAGAGAGAGGUUUUGCUGUGCUGCUGAAGACUCACGUGUUCUUCCUCCCACAGUGAAUGUGUGCGUGUGUGUGUGAGUGUGGUGUGUGUGCUCCCCAGCCCAUGCAAUAAUAAACAUGAAACCAGAGGCAUUCUCACAGACAAAUGCUGGUACACACACACGCACACACACGUUUGCAGGACAAUUUGGGGGAUUUUUACCUUUUAUUGUGAUGAAGAAGAUCACUCCAUUAAAUCCAGUGAAAACAGAAUCAUUCAGUUGGUUUGCAUUUAUGCCCAGAUGUGAUGGCAGAAUAAUGCUCUCUACGUGCAUAUACAUCCAUGUGUGCUCUUCCUUCCUCCUGCAAAGAGUCCUAAGGGCAGGAUUUUUAAAGCUUUGGUGUUACAGUAUUAUUCAUGGUUUGUGAAGAACUAUUGUGCUGCUGGUGAAGAUGUUAUUUGUAAUGUUUUGGUGUGUUUUUGGUGUGUCAUGGGCAAGUCCAUUUCAUUUCCAUAAGCCCUAAAUCACACAUACAUGUGUUGUGUCACUGUCUGGGUCUUCAGUGUACCAUUUGUGUUUUGGGGGGUGUGCAGAAACCUGUUGCAGGUAAUCCUUUUAGCCAGAUUGAAUAUGUUCUUUAUGGCAUGUGUGGGGUGCCACGGGGGCUUUAGAAAAUAAAAUGCGCGCUUAUGUCCCGUUAAGUAUAAGCUAUGAGGAUAAGAAUGUAGUAGCCUAUCAACCAAAGCUGAUUAAGAUUUAUCUUUUUCAUGCACACUGCUCUCAGAACAGUUCACUGCGGCCCCCUUGCUCCCCGACGUGCCCCUGAAAACUGGCUCGCAACUUCGGAUUUUAAUUGUAAUUCAAAGAGACAAUUGCGAGAUCCCCCCCCCCUUUCAGACACAGUAUCCCAAAGGACUAGAAAUCACGCGCACCCAUUUUUCCCUGCAUAAACAAUCGACCCAGCAUUCCCCCACUUUACCCCCUUUUUUUAUGCAAUACAUUAGCAUCUUUCCUUCCUGGAGAUCAUCUAUCUUUACGCAUGCGAUCUCUCCUCCGAGAAUUCCUAAUACGAACCUCAAUCACGUAUGAUUGCGUUAAAAGAGUUGAAGAGGGAGUGAGGGGGGUGAGAGAAAGAGAGAGGGAGAGGGAGAGAGAGAGAGAGAGAGAGAGAGAGAGAGAGGAGGCUAAGGACCGCGACCGUCCAGUCUCUCGCUGUCGGCGAUAUAACACACCGACAGCAUCCAUUCGGGACACGCUUGGAAAUAAUGCUUAGUGCUACUUUAUUAUUUGUGCACUACAACAAAAAGCACUCCGGCGUGUGUCCGCCUCAACUAAUUGUUGCUUUUACAGACGAGAAUCCCUCCCUGCAGGCUUAAAUUACAUCUCUGCAGCAUCCUUGCAGAGUAGCCUCUGCUGCCGAUUCCGUUUUUUUUUCUUCUUCCCCGGCUGCAUUUAGAAGGUGCCAUCGACAGAACCGGAGACUGGGCUCACGGUUAUCCCGGGCUCCCGCACAGCCUCCUUUCCUGGACCAGCAGCGGACUGUCUCAUUCAUCGAUGUGAGAUGGAGUAAAUAAUUAGAAAAAAACAAACGAAAAAAACCAAAAAAAAAGUUAGGAUCCUUCUCCAGCCAAGCACGAGGGGGUCUUAUGCAUGGAUUUAGGUUGAUGCGAAUUAUUAAAAAAAAAAAAAGGCGUCAGGAAGCCAGAGGAGAGAGGCUGGUGUGCAGAUGAGGAUUACGAAGUCGUUCUCGUCAGACGCGGCACCGUCCACCUGGAAUACCUGAAGCUCUCCCAUGACACACAUCUGCAUCAACUUAUCAAGACUGUUGCAUGUAUUCAGGACUGAUAUGUCGGCCCCUGUGGCCUAGCCCGUAGGUGUAUGUUUUAUAUGAGAUCGGUCGUUGUUGAUUCGAAGCCCUGAGUGCCAUAAACUCGCAGCAGCUGAAUUAUUACACGCUACUGCCCCCCCACCCCCCCCUUGAAGAGGAUGCUGCCCGAAGCGCAAUGAUGCCCGCCUGGACUCAGGAGGAUUUUCUGAUCAGGAUGACAUUUGGUUGACAAACCCCCCCUCGUGGAACCUGAAACACAACAAACAACUCUCUGGUCUUUUUUUUUUUUUUUGCGCCAAGAAGCUGCACCAAGAUCCGACCUCCGCCGAACUAGACUCUCGGUUUUUCAGACUCGGUUCGGGGAGAUGGCCGCGAUCGCCAGCUCCCUGAUCCGGCAGAAACGCCAGGCAAGGGAGUCGAACAGCGACCGGGUCUCUACUUCGAAACGUCGCCCCAGCCCCAGCAAAGACCCCCGCUCUCUCUGCGAGAGGCAUUUCUUGGGGGUCUUCAGCAAAGUCCGUUUCUGCAGCGGCAAGAAGAGACCCGUGCGGCGGCGACCAGAUGCACCCUCGAAACCUCCACAGGUGUCCCAUAAGGGCUGCAGGCUAGAGCCGCAGCUGAAAGGCAUCGUGACACGACUGUUCAGCCAGCAGGGCUUCUACCUGCAGAUGCAGCCGGAUGGAACCAUUGACGGCAGCAAGGACGAGAACAGCGACAACACCCUGUUUAAUCUUAUUCCUGUGGGUCUGAGAGUGGUGGCCAUCCAAGGAGUGAAGAGUGGCUUCUACAUUGCUAUGAAUGGCGAGGGCAUGCUCUACAGCUCGGAGAUGUUCACGCCGGAGUGCAAGUUCAAGGAGUCUGUUUUUGAGAACUACUAUGUGAUCUACUCGUCCACUGUGUACCGGCAGCAGGAGUCGGGCCGGGCCUGGUUCCUCGGCCUUACCAAGGAGGGACAAGUCAUGAAGGGCAACCGGGUCAAGAAGACUAAGCCCUCGUCACACUUUGUGCCCAGGCCAAUCGAAGUUUGUAUGUACAGGGAGCCGUCACUGCAUGAGAUAGAGGACAAGCACCGCUCCAGGAAGAGCUCAGGGACUCCCACCAUGAACGGAGGGAAAGCUGUCAAUCAGGACUCCACAUAGCAGCGGGGGGAGGGGCUUCCAGCAGGGGGGAGUGGCCUCAUCCUGACUCAGGGGGAGGGGCCAUAGGAAAACUCAACACCCCCUAAAAUACGCAUCCCCAUCCCCUCUAAUAAAAAAAGAGGGCGUUGCGACGAGGAGGAGCUAUUACUGUACACCCAAGACAACAAAAACAAGAACUGAACUCUUGCCUGUGAAAACCUUUUAGAUGAAUUAAUAUGAAACCAGAGGAUAUAUAUAUAUAUAUAUGGAAAAAAAAAACAUUUUCAAUCAGGACUUGACCAACAUUUUAUGCAAAAAAAGAGAAAAAGCUGUGAUAAACAAACAAAGGAAUGGUGGUCUCUCUUCACAAAAAUACAAAUAUCUAUCAUUUCCAAUUUAUGCUGUGAAAAACAAGCUUUAAUACAUGUUCAAUUUUCAUACAUUUUUUUUCUAAAUGCUAUUGCACUCUCAUAUGCUUUAUUGUGUUAUUGUUGUCAGUAAUAGCUAUAACAUCAUCAUCAUUACUAAUCUGUUGAUUUGAACAUCCCAGUAACAAUCAUGGUUAUUCUGACCUUUUUUUAGACAAAAGAAAGGUGUUUUUUUUUUUUUCAAUGACUCCCAUGUUUUCCUCUCAUAGUUUGAUCUUGAAUGCACUGUCACACUACCUGCUCUGGUGUGAGGGUAAGACUGAAUGUAUUUGAUAGUUCUCUGUGUUGUACUCCAAUGGAAACAGAGUGGUGGGAUGUAAUUUACUCAGGUGUGUACUGUAAGUGUAACUAAUGUGACUAAUAGGACGGAGAGGGCUAUUUCAAAUACUCUAACAUGAACUCCCCUGCGUUGUUCUGCUAUGACAGGACAGGACUGAUACAAGCAAUAUAAAUAGAGAGCAGUCUAGUAUGUCUCUAAAUAAUAGUAAUAACAAGCUGACAACACAUCUCUGUGGUAGGUGUGUUUGUCAGUAGAAGAAGUCUGACAAAGAAAGUUGUAUAAGCAGGUAUAAGUCUGAAUCAAAGGAAAUCUGUUUUGAUAUAGCUUCAAUAUACUCUUAAUAUUUGCAAGGAUUGUUAGGUUUUAAGUAAAGAGAUGUCCAAACUCGUCAAAAAUGGCAAAUAAUAGUAUUUUCUCCAAAAGCUGAGAGAAAUAUAACGACCAGCAUCAGCACUAUGAGCCAUGGCCAAAAACGGUCACUUGACAUUUGCACCUCAAGAAACACAGACCCCUUUCUCUGCUGUUAGCUAGGCUGUAACAACAACUCUCAAAAUAUAACUAUAUAACAGUAUUCAGGCUUUUGAACUAUAUGGACAAAUCAUGAAAUAAUCCUUGAUUAAAAUGCUUAUUUUUAAGUGUAAGAAAGGAUGAAAGUUGCUUUGGCAGGCCUGGCAGUGAAGACUCUGUAUGUGUUGACUAGUUUUCAAGAAGUUCUGCUAUUUCUGUUACUUUUUUUGCGAAUGCAUUAGAGAUUUCUCAACACUGGUGGACAGGGUGCCUGACUGUUUAAUAAUCCAUGGACCUGACUUGUUGUUAUUUUCAAUGCAAGGUCACAAUCAUUAAGACUUUCUCAUCACAAUGGAAUCAGAACGUCUCAUUGAGGAAACCAGUUCAUCUGGAUUUAGCCAGGUUCGGGGAGGAUGUCACUGUUUGGUUUCUCUGGCAUGGUAAUCCACACAGACUCCACCCCCCCCUGGUUUUGUGACCCAUGAAAUGAGUCAUUUGCUGCAUUGUGGAGGAAAGCUUCUCUUUCAUAAAUCAACAUGCUGACAGGGCUGUAUAAACAAGGUGAAUUGACUGGUACACCGCGUACGCCGCAUAGCUCAUUCCUAAUCCCCAAUUAGUUUGUCUAACUCAGGAAGUCCUACACUUGUUCCGUGAAUGGGGCCAGACAUAAAGGCUGGCAGCUCAUUGUCCAGCACCCGUUGCACAAAGCCUGGCCACUGGUGUGGGGUUUAAGGAGGUCGGAAUGGGGUCGGUGGUGUUUUAUCAUUAAAGGUGGUGUACAGCUAAGCCUAGCCAGGUGAGAAAGGUUGAAACGGGAAUUACUGGAGCCAAGACAAAGCAUGAACUUCGCAUGACUGAGUUGAUGUUAGCUUGGUUUGAUUUUGAGGUGAGAGCUAAUAAAAGAUUGUUUUCGAGAAUAGGUCCAAAACUUUUUUAUGCAACAUUUUGAUCAGUAUUUUAGCGAGAGUUUAUAGCAUCUCUCCUAUAUCUGGUUGGAAAUCAUAGGCUAAGUUGGUGGUAUGUACAGUAAAUAGCACACAUUCAGUUGCACAGAGCAAACCGCAGUGAUAUAUCAUCAUGGAUCUAGGAGGGCCUUCCACCUGGGGUCCCGGGUCCAUAGCUGGUGCAAAUUACCUGCAAGAGCUAACGGUAGAUUAGUUCAACUUCCACAGCACCUCCAGCAUAACAGUGAUACAUACAGUAUAUUAGACGUGACACUGAAAGUCAGCAGGCAAGACCAGCAUAUAUAGGUAUCUUUUUAUAGAGGUUUAUAUGGUGCAAAUGAGAUACAUGUGGACUUAAAGCAAUGCAUGAAAUUGGAUGUACUCGAUGUCAGCUGUUGACAGCGGAAUGAGAGGAUUUGCGGAACGAAAGGGAUGUAUAAAACAAGGAGGUAAAAAUAGCUGAUGUGAGAAAGCAGUAAAGGAGAGCACUUUCCGGGGGGUUUAUUGAUGUAUGAAAGGGGGAUCAAAGGCUUUGGUUGUAUGUGAUAUUAAGUAUAAUUUAUUAUUUUUAUGUUUGCAGAUGAUUUCACUGCAUUGGAACACGCUCAUAUAUGCAUUAUGAAUUGUGAGAUGAAAUAAAAAAAUAUGCAUUGAUAAUAAAAAAUCAGAAUGAAGUUAGUGAUUGUUUAAGAAUAAAGAUUAUGUUAUCAAAAAAC